CGCGGGCGAGGUUGCGCGCGAUGGCGUCGCCGUCGGCGCCGUUGCUGAUCGGGAUGCCGGUGAUGUUGGUACCGCGGGUCGCGCCGGUGAAAGGGUCCAGGCUCGGCGUCGAGUCGGUCGCGCUGACGCUCCACAGGCUCAGCGUGCUGCCGUUGCCGGCCUUCUUGAAGAGGGCCAGGGGCACGUCGUUGCCACUGCUGUCCUUCUGCAGCACGCGCGCGCACUGCACCGUGCCGCCGCCGGUCACACCGAUGGCGGGGAUGCUGACGUCCAGAUAGCGCGCAUAGGCGUCGGGCGCGGCGCUGUCCACGCGCCGGGUGCGCACGAGCCGGGCAGUCGCCGUGGCCUGCACUUCCAGGCGGUUGCCGAGCAAGGCCCAGCCCGCGGUGCGCUUCACGGCGACCUGUUCCACGCCGAGGCGGCGCUGCAGGCCCUUGCUGUUCUGGUAAAUGAAGUCCACGCGGCAGACCGGGUCGCCGCCACCGAAGCUGCAGCGGCCCAGCGUGCUGGGCAGCAGCUUGCCGCCGUACAGCACCUCGCCGUCGCCGAGCACGCCGUUGAGUCGCAGGCAGAUCACCUGGGACGCCUGCGUGGGCCCGGUGAAGGGGGCCGAGUAGGGGUCGAUGCUGGAACGCACACUGGCAUCCAUCAGCGUGGCCAGGCCGCUCUGUGCGCUCUGGCAGGCGGUGUUGUUGGCGGUCGCGAGCACGAGCUUGGCGAACAUCGCGUCCAGCGCGGCGAGGUCCAGGCUGGAGGCUGCCGCGUCGAACGCGAGGGUGCCUUGCGUCGAGCCGCUUUCGAGAUAGGCCGUGCCCGUGCCCAGGCGCGCGGUCAGCGACACGAAGGACUUGCUGUCGGCGCCCAGGGCCACGCCGACGGUGUCGAGCACGCGGUCGUAGCCGGUGUGCGUGCCGGGCGUGAGCGCGCCGGCGAGCAGAUCGAAGUCGCUCGCGAGACCGGCAUCGGCGAGCGCCGGAGCGAGGGCUGCGCGAAGCUGGGUCUGGGCGCUGGCGAUGCUGGUGUCGGCCACGAUCGCGAGGCUGCCGGUCAUCAGUGUCUCGGGCGACUGGCCGCUGGCCAGCACGGCGAUGGCGCUGCUCAUCGGCGUGAGGUGCAGCGUGCCGCCGUUGUUCGUCAGGCCCCAGACGCACAUCGGCUUGUCCGCGAGCGUGCCGCAGGCUUCGACGCGGAAGGUGCCCGUGCCCGUCAGCGUGAUCGGCCCGUAGGCGCCGGUCGAGGCGGUGACGGGCUUGGCACUGGCGAUCGCCUUGCCGGACGCGGCCUACCACCAGGAGGCCCGCACGCUGCUGACCGCACUCGGCCCGGCGCGGGCGUCGGCCCUGUGCCUGGAGAUCACGGAAACCGCCGUCAUCACGCAGCUCGAGGAGGCGGCGCACUUCAUCCAGCAGAUGCAGUCGCUCGGUGCCCGGAUCGCGCUGGACGACUUCGGCGCCGGCUCGUCCUCGUUCAGCUACCUGAAGGUGCUGCCGGUGGACCUGCUGAAGAUCGACGGCCAGUUCGUGCGGGCCUUGAUGACCGAUCCACUGGACCAGGUCGCCCUGGUGCGGCUGGGCGUGGGCGAGGUGCAGGGCUUCCUGCUUCACCGGCCCCAGCCCCUGUCCGAGGUGCUGACCUCGGUGCCGGAGCCGACCUCGAUCUACUGAAUCGGCUGCAGUGCGGGGGCGGAGGCGGCGGUCUCGCCCGGUGUGGCCGGCGUGGUCGCCACCAGGGUGCUCGCCGUGUCAGUCGCAGGCAAUUCCCGCCCGUCCGCCACGGCCAGCAUGGACACAUGCAGGCCCCGGGAGAGCUGGUCCUGCCACUCGAUCAGUGUCUGGCUGGCGCGACCGAAGGCGCCGCUCAGUUGAACAUCCAGCGGGCGCGGGUCGUCGAUGAGGUUCAUCACCGCGCUGCCACCGAUCAGGCUGACCGCCACGAGCAUCGCGAGCGCAUGGGCCUGCCGGCGCUGGCGGGACGGGGAGACGGCGUCGCCGCGCGGCGAUUGGGAGAGUUGCAUGGCCCUGUUCCUCGGAUGCGUUGUGGCAUCCAGUGUGUCCAGACGGCUUUCGGCGCGGUGUCGGCGCCGGCGGAUGGACGCU